GUGCUUAUACCUUGAUCCUGAUUAAUCAGGUGAUAAUCUACUUAUAAAAGAGCCUGAAGCCAUCAACUACGCCUUAGAAACCAGAUUCAAUUCAAAGCAAAAUGUUGUCCAAAGUUUCAAUUUUAGCUGUACUAGCUGUAGGUGCUUACCUUUCAGUAUCCAACAUUGGUGCUGAUGCUUCCCUUAUGUGCUACACCUGCAACACAACGGACCAAUGCAGCAGCCCUGUUGACAAGAAAAACCUAAACAUGACCACUUGUGGAGAAGGCGAACAAUGCGUUAAAUUCAACUACCACUCAGCAAAAAACUGGACAGACAUUCUCACAUGGAGAGGCUGUAAUAAGAACCAAACUUGCGAUACUUUAAAUACCACUUGGAGCAACAUCAAUCAAACUCUUGCCGGCUGCUGGCUUUGCAAUAAAAACCAUUGUAAUUCCGCUAGUACUUUUGCAGUACCUUUGGUAGCUAUGCUUGUUAGCUUUUUGGCAGUUAAAUUUGUACAAUAGAUUUAUAUGUUUAGUUGGCAAAUAAUGUGAUAAUAAAACCAAUUAAUGUGUCUAUUAAUAAUUAUUCAAU